GCAGCGCUCCGGACUUCGACCCACUCGAACCCGAGCGCAGAGGAAGAACUGUAGCGCGGGUUGUUUGACUGUUUGCUAACUGCUACAGGACUUUUAGCGGAUCUGCUACUGCUGACCUGCGCGGUCUCUCAGAAGUAAAGAGCUCAUGGAGUCUACAGAGAGCAGAUUCGCUCACCUGCUGCAGCCGAUUCGAGAACUCACCAAGAACUGGGAGAUUGACGUGGCUUCAGAUUUAAACGACUAUUUAGAAGAGUUGGAUGAGAUGUGCAUCACGUUUGACGGAGGAAAAACGAGACUGAACUUUGCAGAAGCAGCGCUGCUGAUCCAGGGCUCAGCCUGCAUCUACAGCAAGAAGGUGGAGCUGCUGCACAGUCUCGUUUACCAGACUCUGGAGUACAUCAACGACAGAAACAAGAAGCGUAACAAACAGGCGGCAGAGUCACAGGAGGACGAUACAGACGCAGCGGCGAGCGGCCACGAUGCCGAUGACGUGGCUGAGUUCACUCCUUUGGACAUCGACAUCUCGGAGAACUCACAGAAAGCUGACUCCAACACGACUGUGAAUGUGGCCCCGCUUCCUCCUGAGUCUCUGAUUCCUCCUGAAACCCACGAGAAGCACAAACUCCCCCUCAUCAGUCUGAAAGGUGAAGUCCUGUGCAGUCAGAAGGACUUCAGGAUGAACCUGUUCAUCCCACGAGACGAGGAUCUGAUCCGCCUCACACACAGAUCAGGGACCAGGUUUCUUCUGGACAAUGAUCAACACCCUGCAGACUCUCUGCAUCAGCAGCAGCAGGAAGGUGCAAUGGCUCCGAUCACAGGUGAUGGUGGAGAUGAUGCUGCAGACAACUUCCUCCCUUUAGACGACAACAACAUGGAGCUGAACCAGGAACCGGAGGAAUAUGUCGACAGACACCAGGCUUCAAGUGACGGAAGGAUGAUUCGAGAGAGACGAGAGGUCCAGGCUGACAAACAGAAGAAAAGGGAGGCGACGCCACCUGCUGUGAAUUUGUGGAUAUUUCAUGACCAAUAUGCUGUUCUCGGGGAGGAUAAACCGUUUAAAUCAGGAAAAUGUCACAAGGUUCCCGACGGCCUAGAAGACGGAGGAAAGAGGAAAAGAAAACAACCUUCUUCACUUCAGGACUUCAGGAGCUGGCUCAGAGGAGCCUUUGAUCCUCCUGAGCACAAGCUAAAAAAUGGACCCACGUUUACAGACUUGAACUACAUUUAUUUGAGCACAAUGAAAGACAAACUGAAGACUCGAAAGAGGAUCUACAGAAAAGCGGGAGUGGUGGUUUCUGACGAGGACCUGAGGAGGACCUUCCUGCAGCCGGAGGAGGCGGGGCCGCAGCAGCCGGGGGAGGAGCCCGUGGACGGAUUCAGAUACCCCGACCUGCUGGGUGAAGAUGACGACAACUCGGACAACGAUGAAGAGUUUCCCGACGACAUCCCAGCGGAGUUCGAUGGAGGACCGGACUUCAUAUCACCAGAGGCUGCGAGAGAUGAGCUGAGUUAUGAAGAUCUGGUGAAGCUGCGUGUGGAGCAGCUGGUGGGGAACUGUCAAGGUUACACUCAGGAAACGGCCCUGUCCCGAAGAGUUAAAGACUGGGAGGACAAGGUCCGCCCUGAACUGGUUCUGCAGGAGGAGCGCCCGGCGUUUGACAUCCACGAUUACGGAGACAGGAUCGUCGACGCGUUGAACGGCGUCGGUCACCGCAGAUCUUUCUCGGCCAUCGUUGGCGGUCUGGACAACUUUGAGGCCUGCAAAUAUCUGCUGGCUUCGCUGCAGCUGGCUAAUGACUACACGGUGGAGAUUGACAGUGCUGAAGGUCUGGAGGAGAGUCUGGACUCGAUGGGACUGACUCUGCUCAGCACUCACAGAGCGACAGACAGAUUCAAAACUCUGAGGUCUUCAACCUGAGAGCAGCGUGAGUUCACACAGAUGAUCAGAAACACGAGCUCUUUACACUGAGGUUCGUACCUGUGGCGGUUUAUUCUCGGCUGCCAGGGACAUUUUUACUCCUUCAUAUCGACGUAAUUAAUGCAGUACAAUCCUCCGCACACGCUUUAAGGACGUUUCUUGACUGUUGUUGUCUGUACCUCUUAUUUUUAACCGUUUCUUUUGAUUCAACCAAACCUACAAUUGGAUCAUGACCUGUGUUAAAUCUCUCUGAUGAACUGGACUCUGUAAAUGUCCCUCAUCUUGGGGACUAUGCUCAAGUGUUUUGUCCCCCGAACAGUGCUUUUAAAAGAUGAAUAUUUGUUAUAAUAAAAAAAAUGUGCAAAAAGUUGAAUGUGUUGGCUCCAACCAAAGUAAAAAUGGCUGACGGUCAGCUUGGUUCCACUAAACAUUUGUCAGGAGGUUUCAGGAUUUUGUCUUCAUCCCUCCGUCUACUUUAAUGUGUGUUUCGUUUGAUUGUAAGAUUUUCAGGUUUUCUCUCUUUAAAGGGAAGAACUUAGA